GCCAAGCCAGCAAAUUUUCAUUCGUUGAUUUCCAAGCUUGAUAUCCAACCUGUUUUAUGAAUUGGGAAAGACAAAAAAUCCCCAAUUUCCUCCAUAAAUUCUUCUCAACUUCGAUUCGGAUUCAUAGAACUUGAGCCGAAUUGUUUAUACCCCGGAUUUUCUUUAUCUCUUCAGCCAAUUUGUAUAUCUCAAUUUUAGAGGUAGAAGAAGCACCCCAUGGAUCAUCACGAUGAAAAGGCAGAUACGGAUGCAAUUCCUUGAUACAGAUGAGGUGUAGUCACUGAUGAGAUAGACCUGGUUAAAGAACUGGAGGUAAAAUGGAUCUUGAUUUGAACGAGGAGCCCUUGGACCAAACCCCUACUUCAGUGAUUGGAUUUGAUUCGAUAUUGGAUGAGCUAGAAUCAACCCAUGAACAUAUAGAAGAGCGCAUUAGGCAACUUGAAGCAGUAACCUUGAGAGCCAGGCAGCGUCAGAGGUGGCGGCGGGGUCAUGAUUCAGUUCAAAUAAAUAAUGUCAUGGCAGAUAUGAUGAUGACGCCUAGUGCUCGUGAUGAACACAGGACACCCCAAGAAGAUGUUGGUGUUGCAGUCCAGGAAGGAACAGUUGUUUUAGCAGAAUUGACAGCAACUAAUGCUCAUAAUGAAGGUAUCUUGUCUAGGGAAGACCCUGGUGCUGACCAAGAAAGAACAGUCAACCAUAGGAAAACGGGCAAAAGGAACAGUUCGCAUUUAGUAGCUCAAGCAUUGGGUAUGGAUCCAUAUAUAGAUGAGGCAGUGAGCAGCACCGGGAAUUUUUUUGACUGUAAUAUCUGUUUGGACAUGGCGAGGGAUCCGAUUUUGACAUGCUGUGGUCACUUAUUCUGUUGGCCAUGCUUCUAUCAGGUGUCAUAUGCUUAUUCAAAUGUAAGGGAGUGCCCUGUUUGUAAGGGAGAGGUCGCUGAAACAGGCAUUAUUCCAAUAUAUGGAAAUAAAGAUGACUCUAGCAACCGUCAAUUGGAAUUGAAAGAAAGUGGCUUCACUAUCCCUCCUCGGCCCCAGGCACAUAGAAUUGAGAGUCUCAGACAACAGCUCAUAAGCAGGGGAGCAUCAUCGUCUACAAUCCAGGAGAUUAGGCGAUUUAUUGGUUCGGCUGCAGCUGAUGGAACUCGUUUUUCAUUCAAUCAACCUCACCAUUCCCAGCCCCAAGCAUUGCAUGGCAUGGAGACUGGAAUGAGGCAGCAUAAUCGUUCACGUCUACUUUCAAGGUUGUUAGUGGAAGGAGCUGCUUCAUUUUCAUCCCUUUCAUCAGCAUUAAAUUCUGCAAUGGAUUCUGCUGAAAGAUUAGUUGGAGACCUUGAAGCAUAUAUUCGUCCUCAACAACCUCAACCCAUAGGAAGCUCUAGAGAGCUGCUUGAUCCUCUUCCUCAUAAUGGAGUUUUACCUUCUAGCAUUGCUGCUACAAACCAAUCAGGGAGACAUAUUCCAGACGUUGGUGCGAGCAAUUCUGCAGCCAAUGCUUCUGUUUCUCCUUUACAUAUGCAUGGUGACGCAACUGCUAUAAUAGAUUCAGGUAUCCUGACAACAGAUAACAGCGUACAAGUUAGUUCAACAGAGCCUUCUUCGUCUUCUAGCAGAACUGUUGUGAUAGGGAUUCCAGACCUUUACAAUAGAGUUUCAAAUGGGCGCAGAAGAAGAAGGUUAAGAAGAUGAUGUUUUCCUGGAGGACAUUCUUGCACCUCAUGGACUGAAGGUUCCUAGUUUAUAUACCUCAAUAUGUUCAUGAUUCCUUUUUCAGUUUCUUUGUUUAAAGCAAAUAUGUUUUCUAAUUUGUUUAUUGCAAACAAUCACUUUGAUCAACUUGUAGGUCAUAGCCAUUAUCUGCUUUACAUAUAUAGGGUCCCUUGCUGGUGUCAAGGACCACUUGAACUAACGUGCUUGCAAAAAUUGAAUUCCUCAUCACCUGGGUAUGGAGGUUCUGGUCCUUGGUUUGGAUGGUCAUGAAUAGUUUAAUUAUAAUCUUUAAUAAAAAUAUCAAUGUAGCAAGCAGUAUCCUCUUUGUCCAA